AUGGCCAUAAGGGCUCAGUACGAGAACAGCAAUGAAGUUGGAGUUUUUUCUACUUUAACAAAUUCAUAUGCACUCGUCUCACUUGGAUCUUCUACCAACUUUUCGAGUUUGUUUGAAGCGGAAUUGACUCCGCAUAUCCCAGUUGUUCAUACAACAAUUGGUGGAACCAGAGUUAUCGGUCGCGUUUCCGUCGGUAAUAAACGGGGUCUUUUAGUAUCUUCUAUUUGUACGGACAAAGAAUUACGUCAUUUAAGAAAUUCUUUACCGGAUUCUGUAGAAAUACGUAGAAUUGACGAACGUUUAUCAGCUUUAGGAAACUGCAUUUCAGCAAACGACUAUGUCGGAUUAAUUCAUGUGGAUAUGGAUAAAGAAACUGAGGAAAUAGUGGAAGAUGUAUUAGGAAUUGAGGUUUUUAGGGCUUCCAUAGCCGGGGAUGUGUUAAUUGGAAGUUACACGAGAUUCCAGAAUAAGGGUGGUCUCGUUCAUGUUAAAACAACAACUUCUGAAAUGCAAGAGUUGUCACAGCUCUUACAAAUACCCUUGACCUCAGGAACUAUUAACAGAGGGUCCGAUAUAAUAGGAGCAGGUAUUGUCGUAAACGAUUGGGUGGCCUUUUGUGGAAUGUCGACCACAGCCACGGAAAUCGCAACCGUUGAGAAGAUUUUUAAGCUCGCGCGCCCCUCGGAUUUAAACACGUCGAUGAUCGACUCAUACAGUUUAAGGAACGCGCUCAUAGACACCCUAAUAUAA